AUGUCCAAGCCCAUCAUCCUUUACGAUCUCGCACGUCCGGGGGCAACAUCUGACUCUGAACAAAGUUGGAGCGGCAAUACACUGAGGUACGCACGCACGUCUCUCUCCUUUACCCACAGGACCGACAACAAGCCGCCAUCUCAUAGAACACGCUUUGCACUCAACAUCAAAGGCAUCCCGUUUUGCACCGAGUGGGUCAAGUUUGCAGACGUAGAGUCGAAGAUCAAGUCUCUCGGUCUCGAACCCUCUCACGACGGCCUUCUUGCGUAUACGGUGCCCACCAUCGUGGAUCCCUCUACCCAACGGGUCAUCACAGACUCCUUUGCCAUCACGAAGUAUCUGGAUGAGACGUAUCCGGAUACGCCGACCCUCAUCCCUGCCGGCACGGGUGCCUUGCAGAGCGCGUUCGUUGACAAGGUCGUGAGGUCGAUUGUGCUCGCUGCCUUCGCAAGCCUUGUGGGACCGGUUUACGAGGCGGGAUGCUUUGACGAAGCCGAUCGUGCGCACUACCGCAAGACGCGGGAGGCAUGGUUCGGGGGGAAACCGUUGGAGGACAUCAUCAAAAUGGGCGACGAAGGAAUGGAGAGUGGGUGCAAGGCAUACAGCGAUGGGCUUAGCGAGAUGGCAAAGUACGCGGAACAGGCGGGUGGGGAAGGCGUCUUUCUCAGCGGGCAGGGUCCAUGGUUCGCGGAUACAGCCGUGGCCGCGGCUCUGACGUUCACCCUCAAGGCUUGUGGGAGGGAGCAUCCAUUCUCGAAGGCAAUUCUGGAGCACGAGUGGGCCAAUAAACUACUGGCAGCGUUUGACAAGUGGGCUUGA